CAUCCUCCUCAACUCAUCAAACAUGGUGAAGUCAUACCUGCGGUUCGAGCCAGACGCCUCGUUUGGCGUCAUUGCCUCGAAUUCAAAUCUGCUCUGGCUGCCAUCUGAGUCAUCUGCCGGCGAAGUCGUCACGGGCGCGCUCGAGAGCGUUAUUGGCUGGGACGUGAAGAAAGGCGAGAAGCAGUUCAAGUGGAACGACAUUGAUAUCAAGACCGAGGUGAGUUGUCUCGCGAGCUAUGACUCUGACAUCUUUGCGGUCGGAUACGCCGACGGAACGAUCAGGGUGUGGGACGCAAAGACAGAGACGGUCGUCGUCAGCUUCAACGGCCAUAAAUCUGCCGUCACGGUCCUCAAGUUUGACCAGUCCGGCACGCGGCUCGCGAGCGGUUCUCGCGACUCAAAUAUUAUCGUCUGGGACUUGAUCGCCGAGGUAGGGCUCUACAAGCUGCGCAGCCAUAAAGAUCAAAUCACAGGGCUAGACUUCAUCUACCCCCCGGUGAAGGUCAAGACCGAGCCUGAGGAGGAGGCGGUCAUGCAGGUCGACGACGACGGCGAGGCUGCGAUGGGCAAAUUGCUCGUGAGCGUGUCGAAGGACGGGUUCAUCAAGCUGUGGGAUCUGACUGCGCAGCACUGCAUGGAGACGCACGUCGCGCACCGCGGCGAGUGCUGGGCCAUGUCGACGCGAGUCGACGACGAGUCUAAGACGGUUGUUGUCAUGACCGCCGGCGGCGAGUCUGAGCUGCGCGUCUGGCACAUUGACGUCGACGACGAUGCUGCUCUUACUGUUCGCGGGAGUGAUAACCCCCGAGUUGCUCUGCAGGGUGUUUUGCUGCGACAGAGCAAGGACCGCGCGGUCACCGUUCUCUUCCACCCGUCUGCGCCGUUUGUUGCCGUGCACGGGACAGAUCGAGCGGUUGAGAUCCUACGGAUCCGCACGUCGGCAGAGGUGCACAAGUCCGUCGCCCGCAAGCGGCGGAGACGGAAGGAGAAAGGCGGCGACGUCGUGAGCGAGAACGAGCCGUCGGAGAGCGACGUGCACGAAAAGUAUGUUCCCUACGUGAUUGUGCGCGCGAGCGCUCGCGUGCGGUCGAUCGACUGGGCCUCGUCGUCGGGCGAGAGUCUUCAGUUUGUAGCCUCGCUCGCGAGCAACAAUGUCGAGAUGUACUCUGUCAGCGCGCCCGCGGAUGUCAAGAAGAGCAAAGGCGAGCCGCCAGAGUAUAAUCGGACGUAUGCGCUUGAGCUGCCUGGACAUCGGACCGAUGUUCGGGCGCUGAGCGUGAGUUCGGACGAUGGCAUGAUUGCGAGCGCGGCGAAUGGGAGUAUGAAGAUUUGGAAUGUCAAGACUACAAACUGCAUCCGUACUUUUGAGUGUGGAUAUGCUUUGUGCUGCACCUUUCUUCCGGGAGACAGUAUUAUUGUGGUUGGAACAAAAGAAGGAAAGAUUCAACUGUUUGACGUCGCGAGCUCUACGCUGCUAGAAGAGAUUGAUGCGCACGAAGGUGCGCUGUGGUCUCUACAAGUGAGUGCAGACGGACGAGCACUAGUAACAGGCAGUGCCGACAAGACGGUCAAGUUUUGGGAAUUCAAGGUCGUGCAGGAUACUGUUCCGGGCACGACGCGGACGGUGGCCCGGAUGUCGGUCAAGCACCGACGAACGCUCGAGCUGAGCGAGGAUGUACUUAGUGUCCGCCUUUCUCCCGACUCUAAAUACGUUGCUGUUUCGCUGCUCGACAACACAAUCAAGGUGUUUUACAUGGACUCGCUCAAGUUCUUCCUCAAUCUGUACGGCCACAAGCUGCCGGUGCUGUCGAUGGACAUCUCGUGGGAUUCGAAGCUGCUGAUCAGUAGUUCGGCCGACAAGAACAUCAAGAUCUGGGGUCUCGAUUUUGGCGACUGUCAUCGGUCGCUGUUUGCGCACGAGGACAGUAUAAUGGCGGUGGAGUUUGCCGCGCAGACGCACAACUUCUUCAGCGCGAGUAAAGACGGGCUGGUCAAGUACUGGGACGGCGACAAGUUUGAAAACAUCCAAAAGCUGGAAGGCCACCGCGCCGAGGUGUGGGCGAUUGCGGUCGCGCCGUCGGGCGAGUUUGUGGUGUCGGCGUCGCAUGACAAGAGUAUCCGGAUCUGGAUGCAGACCGAGGACCAGGUGUUUUUGGAGGAAGAGCGCGAGCGCGAGAUGGAGGAGCUGUACGAGGCUACGCUUGCGGGGUCGCUGAGCACGGGAGAUGAGAACGGGGAUGAGAAGGAGGCAGACGAGGUCACGACCGCGGGCGGACGGCAGACGACGGAGACGUUGGUGGCCGGCGAGCGGAUCGCGGAGGCGCUCGAGCUGGGGAUUGCGGAUCUCGAGCGGCCGGCGGAGGGUGAUAGGAACAUUGUGUUUACCGCGCAGGGCGGCAUCAGCGCGGAGCAGUACGUGCUCGGGGUGGUUGAGAAAGUACGAGCCGCGCAACUGCAGGACGCGCUGCUGCUGCUGCCGUUCGACAAGAUCGUGGGUCUGCUACGGUUCGUGAGUCUGUGGGCCGAGCACGGGUGGAACGUGCCGCUGGCGACGCGGGUGCUGGGGUUCCUGGUGCGGAUGUACUACAAGCAGAUUGUGGCGAACGAGGUCAUGCGGCAGACGCUGGACGCGGUGCGCACGAACCUGCGGGCGGCCGUGAGCAGGCAGCGCGACGAGAUUGGGUAUAACGUGGCGGGGCUGCGGGAGGUGCGGCGACGGUACGCGGAGACGCGCGAGCGUGGGUUCGGAGAGGAGGAGGAGAGGGUGGUGAGGACGCGGAAGCGGGAGUAUGUGACUGUUAACUAGACUGUGGAUGUGUUGAUAUGUUAUAUGUAGAUAGAAGUAGGAAAGAGAGGCAUAAUAAUUACUCUAAUAGGCAAC